GACUAGCUAGCUCUUCAGUACCUCUCUCUCUAAGAAAAUGGAGGACGCGCGAAAGGGUGACGGGUCGGCCACGGACGUUUUGGGCGGCGAGGACAGUCUGGCUUGGCUCUCGGAGGAGGACGACACGGUGUCGCAGCUCAUGGAAGUACUCUUGGACGGGGAAGACGACGAAGACGCGCCGGAGAAGAGCUCGGUGAGGUUCGUCGAGGACCCGUACGCGUCGCCGCUGGUCUUCCGGUCGUCGUACGUGACCAUCAACGGCAACGAGGAGAGCUGCGGGUCGUCGUUCUCGGACUCGGACUCCUCAGUCAUGGUGGGCAUAGGGAGGUUGCUGGGUGGCAGCGUCGCGUGGGGGACGAGCGAAGUGGCGGCGCACGGGUGGGUGGAGGCUACGGAGAGCAAGGGUUCGGUGGACGGCGGUGAUGUGUUUGAUUGGGAUGAAUCGGAUGACGAAGUGCUCGCCAGGUUUCUGGGUGAAGAUUUUGAGCAGUGAAUAGUGGGUUUUUUUUUUUUUUUUUUUAAUCCCUUUUUCUGAAAAGCUGUUUUAGGGUUUAUGACGGGU